UCGGCCUCCAUUCUACAUUUUAAAGGGAGUUAAUUUGUAACGAUUUUUAUUUGUUUACGAGUUUCUUAAGUAGGUUUUCUCUCCCUUUGGAAAUUGAGUCAAAUAAUGCUGCGUCUUUUGACGUCAGAUGUGUUAUACCUUACAUAGAUCUUUACCAAUACUCCAAAAUUUCACUUGAUGAGAUAAGUUAUUUGAAUGGCCAAGACUUGAUCAAUUCAAAAUUAGAUAAAGGACCAAUCAUUUUGUGCACUACAUGGAUAUAUCUGUGUAUAAUCAUUUGUACAUCCAAACCCAGUUGAACUAAAUUUAAUUACAAGGGUGUCAGCUAGAUUGAUUUCGUUUCAAAACUUGAUAAAUCUUACUUUCUGAAUUAAAUUCCUAAUAUUGAACAAGACGGAUGUUUGAUAUGCAUACAAAUAAGAAAACUAAUGCAAACAUACCAUCACGUAUCAUCGGUUCAUUGCUUUGUUUACUGAUCACCUUGUUUGGUGCAGCUUUAACCGCUUUUAUAGGUCAUAUACUUAUUGCUUUUGAAUAUAUCAGUGAAAUAUUUGGAAGAUAUAUAUUAUUUGGUGGAAUUUAUGUUAUACUUACAUGUGGUGUAUUCACUGUAUUGAUUGGUCUGCUUGGGUUUUUCAGUUUCAUACAUCCAAAUCGAUGUACAUCUAUCACGACUUGUGUUGGUUUAGUUAUUCUCAUUAUUACUACUACUUGCACAUCAGUGAUUGUUUAUAUGUAUCCUAAAACUAUGACAAAUUUGAUAUAUUACCGAAUGAUCAAAACAUUUCCAAAUUAUGGCCAAAAUAUGCAAAUAACUAAUGCAUGGGAUAUUAUGCAAAGUAAUCUUAGGUGUUGUGCUAUACAUAACCGAGGUUGGUCAGAUUAUAAUCAAACUGUUUGGUACAAAUUAACCAACGCUGAUAUACAUCUUCAUGACGAAUUUAUACCACGCACAAAUCUCUACUAUCAUUUUGUCCCCGUAUCUUGUUGCUUAACUAAAAUUGAUGGUUUGACUGGAUUCCCUGUACAAAUUUAUCGUAAUAAGAAACGUUGUCAAAAUUGGCAAUACGGUCCACCAACAUUCCAAGAUGGUCCACAUAAUGAUGCAUUAUAUUAUCGAGGCUGUUAUAACCUACUUGUCGACUAUAUUAAUGCAUACACUGAAUAUAUACUCGGAAUGGGAUUGACAGCUGUUAUAUUAUUGAUAACCGUAUUUCUGUUGCUGCUACGUGCAGAACUUAGGAAUAAUCCAACUGAUCUACAAAUAUACGACACAAACUUAUUAAAAAACAAUCAGAAUAAUCAUUAUUACGUUGAUAAUAAGUAACCUGCACAUAUUUCAAAGAAUGCCGAAUUUUAAUGACCCGUCACCAGUUCAAUCAUUUGAUCCUUCAUUAAAGUCUCUUAAUUUAAUUACUACUCGAAAACUCUACACGUCGACUCAAUUAUCUAUGUCAACAGCAACUACCAGGAGUUGGUCGCUAAUCCUUUCACAUAAAAUAAAUGUGACUAGCACAUACCACAUGGCUGUCAAGCUUUGUUAAAAAUAAUUCCUUUUGCAUUUCACACUCCCAUACAUGACAAAUGAAUAUAUACUUUUGUAACCUUUGCUGUAUAUACUUUCUAACCUGUAUAGACUUUUCUCUAACAUGUUUACAAUUUUCUUGUACGACUUUGGCAAUACAUUAUGAGACGUAACUGUCUCGGAAUAAAAACCAACUGAUUACAAUA